AGACACACAGCUGGACCAUAUUAGAAUAGAGGAUAGGAGUACAGUGUAGAAGAGACCGGUGUAGUCUGUUGAAGUCAAGCUGCUGAACUCAUCUGAGACACAGCUGAGACUCUUGACAAACUUCGUCAGGAACACAGUGAUUUGAAGGGUGAUAUUGUGGCAAAGGAGAUAACAAUUUUAGACUUCACUGUAUUAUCAUCACAGGACUUGGGACACAGGGGCUGCGUUACACAGAGCAGUGAAAGGAAGGAAGGGAGAGGCAGCUCUCUCUGCUUGUGGAAGUAGUGCCUGACCAUAAAUUAUAGCUUUCGCUGUGAGAGAGCACGGAUCCUCUGCAGCACCAUGAGUCUCUUUGCUCCAGCCGGGACUCCAGCCGGGACUCCAGCCGGGACUCCAGCCGGGACUCUGCUAUUGCUGCUCUCUCUCUCUGCUCUCCUCCAUGGCUGUUCCUCCUCUCCCUCCACGGAGGAGUGCACUGGCAUGGGCGUCCGGCUGCGCUCCUUCAAGCUGGUGUCCAACUGCAACUUCACCACCCUGAAAGACAAACAGAUCCAGGAGGUGCAGGCUCCCACCACCGUGCUCUACGUGCCCAUGCUCUACCUGGUAGCCUUCACUGGGGGCCUCCCGGCUAACCUCCUGGCCCUGUGGGUCCUUCUGUUCCGUACCAAGAAGAUGCCAUCCACCAUCCUCCUCAUCAACCUCACCGCCACCGACCUCAUGAUACUGAUGGUGCUCCCCUUCCGCAUAGUCUAUCACUUCCAGGGCAACGACUGGGUCUUCGGCGAGCCCUUCUGCCGCGUGGUCACGGCGCUCUUCUACGGCAACAUGUAUGGCUCGGUGCUGUGCCUGGCGUUCAUCGCCGUCGACCGCUAUGUGGCAUUGGUGCACCCGUUCGGUGCCAAAACCCUCCGCAGCUUCCGCACCUCCCUUUACAUGAGCCUGGGCGUGUGGGUGGUGGCGCUGGCCGCCAUGGUGCCUCUCCUCGUCUCCCGCCAGUCCUACAAGCUGGACGAGCCGAGCAUAACCACGUGCCACGACGCGUUGCCUGAGGAGGAGCAUGAGAACUACUUCCUGCCCUACUUUCUCACACUCUUCUUUCUCUGCUUCCUGCUCCCCCUGCUGGUCGUCCUCUACUGCUACGGCUCUGUGAUACGCACCCUAGUGGCGGGAGGCCAGCGCUACGCCCACGCUGUGCGCGUCACUGUGCUAGUGCUGGUAGUGUUCAUUGGCUGCCUGCUACCCAGCAACGUCCUCCUUCUCCUGCACUACUCCGACUCCUACCUGGUGGAUGAUGGGGAGGACCUGUACGUGCCCUACAUGGUUAGCCUAGCUGUUAGCACGUUGAACAGCUGCAUCGACCCCUUCAUCUUCUACUACGUCUCUGACGACUUCAGGGAAAAGGUCAGGACGGUGCUGUGUUGCCGCGGCGACAACGGGAGAGACUCGACCACUGGGAACCAGGUGUCCUAUUCGUCCACCUCAAAGGGGACGCAAAGGUCAAAGGUGACACUGCUGUCCAAGUCUAGUCGGAGCCCGGUGACGUCAGAGGGGGAGAUAGCAUGUAGAUAGGUAUUAGAGAACUAGACGUGUAGGCACUAGGAUCAGACGAAGACUCAAUCUUGUGUUGUUCCUCUGGUUUGUGAGACACUCAUUUAUACAGCCAAUGACUUUUAUCGUAUAUUGUGAAAAACAAAAAAUGGAUGGCAAAUUCUGUGCAAUUUCCAUAAACAUGCAGUCAAUGGAGGGAGGUGUUUAAGGAAUCAUCAUCAUACAGGAAUACAAUAGUCUCUUUAGACAUCCACUUUGCCUCCCACAAAUUUCAAAUGCUCUUCAUCUGUUGCCUAUGGUCUGGUUUUCGAGAUGAGGGUUUGUAUCUUUAGAGUUCUACAGGAUUACACAGUCAAUCUAUAUUAAUGGAAUGUCUUUUAUAAAUCUGACAAAAUGGGAAAAAUACAGUUGCAGGGUGUGUUGUCCCUAUUCUUCGGUCUAGGUCAGUGGUUCCCAAACUUUUUAUAGUCCCAUACUCCUUCAAACAUUCAACCUCCAGCUGCAUACCCCCUCUAGUACCAGGGUCAGCGCACUCUCAAAUGUUAAUAACAUAUAAUCAUCAUAAUAAUAUAAUAAUAAUCAAUAAUUUUGUUCUUUAUUUAACCAUCUUACAUAUGAAAUCUUAUUUGUACAUCGAAAACUAUGAAUAACUCACCACAGGUUAACGAGAAGGGUGUGCUUAAAAUGAUGUACAUAACUCUGCAAUGUUGGGUUGUAUUGGAGAAAUUCUUAAAUCAUUUCCCACACACAGUCUGUGCCUGUAUUUAGUUUUCAUGCUAGUGAGGGCCGAGAAUCCACUCUCAAACAGGUACAUGGUUGCAAAGGGCAUCAGAGUCUUAACAGCAUGAUUUGCCAAGGCAGGAUACUCAGAGUGCAUCCCAAUCCAGACAUCUGGCAGUGGCUUCUAUGAAAUUCAAUUUUCACAGAACCGUUGUUGCAAUUUCAAUGAGGCUUUCUUGUUCAGAUAUCGGUAAGUGGACUGAAGGCAGGGCAUGAAAGGGAUAACUUUCAAUUACAACUGGAUUUGUUUGUUUAAUCCGUUUCGGGAGGGUACCUACGUAAUUGUGCACCCAACUCACUCAGGUGCUUUGCUAUAUCACCUUUUACAUUGUCCGUAAGCUUGAGUUCAUUUGCACACAAAACAAUCAUACAAUGAUGGAAAGACCUGUGUGUUGUCCUUGUUAAUGCAGAAAGAAAAGAGCUUCAACUUCUUAGUCAUAGCCUAAAUUUGGAAUAUAGUUGCAGAGAGUCCCUGUAAUCCUAGAUUCAGUUCAUUCAGGUGAGAAAAAACAUCACCCAGAUUGGCCAGUCGUGUGAGAAACUCGUCAUUAUGCAAGUGAUCAGACAAGUGAAAAUUAUGGUCAGAAAAGAAAACUUUAUGCUCAUCUCUCAAUUAAAAAAAAACGUGUAAAUACUUUGUCCCCUGAUAACCAGCGCACUUCUGUAUGUUAUAAAAGCGUUGCCCAUUUCAUAGUAUAGUGCAGAAAAUACACAAGGGUUCAGGGGCCUUGCUUUAACAAAGUUAACAAUUUUCACUGUCGUGUUCAAAACGUCUUUCAAGCUGUCAGGCAUUCCCUUGGCAGCAGGAGCCUCUCGGUGGAUGCUGCAGUGUACCCGAGUGUCGUAGGGAGCAACUGCUUGCGCGUGCAUUACCACUCCACUAUGUCUUCCUAUCAUGGCUUUUGCGCCACCAGUAAAGAUAAACACAUCUUGACCCCCAAAGUGCAUUUGAUGUCACGAAGCUGUCCAGUACUUUCAAAAUAUCCUCUCCUGUUAUCCUGGUUUCCAGUGGUUUGCAGAAGAGGAUGUAUUCCGUAACUGACACCCCAUAAUAGUAACGGACAUAUACCAGGAGCUGUGCCACGCCGCCACGUCUGUUGACUCAACCAACUGUAACCCAUAUAAUUCACUGGCUUGUAUGCGAAGCAGUAAUUGUUUCAAAACAUCUCCUGCCGUGUCACUGAUGCGCGUUAAAACAGUGUUGUUUGAUGAAGGCAUUGUCUGUAUAGUUUUUUGGCCUUUUUCCCUAGCAUUUCCCAGCCAUAUCUACGGCAGCAGGAAGAAUUAAGACCUCCACAAUAGUAUGGGGCUUGCCUGUCCUAGCCACUCGGUAGCUCACCAUAUAAGACGCCUCUAUCACCUUCUUAUUAAUGGUAUCUGUUGCUUUUAUACAUG